UAUGGAGUGCAGGAAAAAAAAAAAGGACUUCAGGUCAGGGAGAAUGUAUAAAUGUCCAUCGUCAUCAAGGGUGUGCUACAUCUGAGAAGCAGAAGCAACUCCAAGGACACAGCUCACAGGCUGAUUUGGCUCUCAGCUCCAAAAUACGGAUUGAACUGGGGACAUUUACAAGGACGCUCUGGCUGAUAACUUUGAAGAGACCCCGUGAAGGAGGCGCUGAAGAGCCUUGUAUCGCAGACCUGUAUUGUGCUUCCCCAAUAUGUGCACGGGGGACUGCGCCAAGUGCCUGGGGGGCACCCUCAUCCCCCUCGCCUUGUUUGGCUUCCUGGCUAACAUCCUGUUAUUCUUCCCUGGAGGAAAAGUGAUAGACAAUAACGACCACCUUUCUGAAGAGGUCUGGUUUUUCGGAGGAAUAUUAGGAAGCGGGGUCUUGAUGAUUUUCCCUGCACUGGUGUUCUUGGGCCUGAAGAACAAUGACUGCUGUGGAUGCUGUGGCAACGAGAGCUGUGGGAAGCGCUUCGCGAUGUUCACCUCCACAAUAUUUGCUGUGAUUGGAUUCUUGGGUGCUGGAUACUCAUUUGUCAUCUCAGCCAUCUCCAUCAACAGGGGUCCUAAAUGUCUCAUGGACAAUAGCACGUGGGGCUACCCCUUCCACGAUGGGCGGAGUCCAGAUGCUUCUCUGUGCCAUCCAGGUGGUCAACGGCCUCCUGGGGACCCUGUGCGGAGACUGCCAGUGUUGCAGCUGUUGUGGGGGAGAUGGACCAGUUUAAAUCUCCUUGGUGAGCUGUUCUCACUCGACGGCAGUUGGGACGUUACACUAAACUCAUUCUUCUUUCUGGGGUUGGCACUCCCCAUCUGCUUCCCUGACAAAGUUUAGAGACAGCGGAAGUAUCCUUUCCACUUUCCAAGACAGCUUAGCUCAUGGCUUAGCUCAACUUAGAUGUUUAUGCUAUUUUCAAAUAAAAAAUAGUUUGGCCACUUCAGUGAGGUUUCCAAAUCUUUCAAAUUAGCUUCCUUUUAGAAUUGAAGAACAGGUUCAAAGCAAAUUUUUCAUGAUUUUUCUUUUCUAGUGAAAGAUAUGUAAAGUCACAUGUACUGCCACACUGCUUCUUUGUAUAUAGAGCUGUUUACAUCUCUGGAAGUUUUACAUAAUUCAUAGGAGAGGAGCCCAUUAAAAAUGAGAAACUAAGACCAGUUUUUGUUUUCAAGAUUUAUGAGGAAAACAGAAUGACUGAUGUAUUCUACAUAAUUUUAUUUAGUGUC